AUGCUCUGGAUUGACAAAUAUGCCCCUAGAACCAUUGCCGGGCUGGAUUGCCACAGGGAAAUCAAUGAAGUUUUCACCCAAUUGUGCAAGAGUUCUGACAUUCCACAUCUGAUUUUGUAUGGCCCUUCUGGGUCUGGCAAGAAGGCUCGGAUUAUGGUGUUACUAAGGGAAAUAUUCGGGGCGAAGGCUGACCACAUAAAGGUAGAAACAUUGACGGAUAAGAACACAAACACAGAGAUAACGGUUUCUCAGAGCCAAUGCCACACCAAUAUCAUGUGCAAUGACCUGGGCACUCGGGAUAGAGUUAUUGUUCAAAAUAUAAUUCGCUCACUUUGUGCCUCCUCCUUCACCUCAUCUUUCUUUUCAAAGGGGCCUACAUUUAGAGUGUUCGUAUUACACGACGCAGAUUUUCUUUCGGAAGCCGCGCAGGCGGCGCUGAGAAGGACUUUGGAAAAGCAUAUACGAAAUGCCAGGGUUUUCAUGCACGUCAAAGAACUCUCACGGAUAAUGCCCCCUUUGAAAAGCCGCUGCCUUUGCAUCCGAUUGGGCCUGCCACGCAAGGAAGAAGUUGUUGCCGUGUUGCGAAACAUUUGCACAUACGAAAAUAUAUCAACCUCGCAGGCGGACAACGCGUUAUUGGAAAGGAUCUGCGAUGCAAGCGACCGGAAUCUUAGGCGCUCAAUUUUAACAUUGGAAACUAUUGCCACAAACGGCUUUGUCGAUCCCAUGACCAGCCUAACCCUGCCGUGGGAGAGAUGCAUUAAAUCUAUCGCAGAAGGAAUAGCCACCAAGCAGACCGUUCAAAAUCUGGCGGCACUGAGGACAAAGGUAUACGAGCUAUUUGUCUGCUGUAUCCCUGGGUCAACUGUUUUGCAGUGUAUCGCGACGUAUCUGUUGAAGCACCCAAAGGCCAAAAACAUGAAUGCUAUACUGGCGCAUUUGGGGGCCCAUUUUUCUCACACAAUGCGAAUGGGAUCUAGGGAAAUUUGGCACAUUGAGGCCUUUAUAGCGCAGGCGAUGGCACAUUUGGCCAGGCAGUAG